AUGCUGUUCUCAUCAAAAAGCAAGGAACAAGAUGCGAACGCGGCAAGCACAUCGUCGGUUUUGGCGUCUUCUUCGACUGGAUCAGGAGCACCUUUGGCCUCACCAGUAAAGCAAGCCGAAUGGGAAGCAAAUGGAGCAGCAGGACUGGGCUCCAUCUCAUCACUUUCUCCGAACUGCACCUCGCUCAAGCAUCGAUAUGACUCAUGCUUUAAUCUGUGGUUCAAGGACUACCUGUCGAUUGGGGACGAUCAGAUCCGAGAACAGCAGCGACAGGGUGAAGCAUCUGCGAAUCGACCAACGCCAACAUUGGCGUCCACUAGCUCCAAGAAAGGAUCAAGCUGGUUCUCUGACACAUCCUCAAACUCAUCAAGCUCGACGGGUGCUUCUUUGAUUUCGGAAUCGGAUGUUGAGUCCAGAAAACAAGCCAUCAUCCAGCGUUACGACCGAGACUGUGGCAAGCUGUUCAAGGACUAUCAAGCAUGUGUAAGGACAGCUGUCACCGAAAGAGGCCUUGACGAUCUCAUCAAGCAGGCACGUAAAGAGAAUCCAUUUCCAUUCGAUCACGAGCGUCAGUCGGACCCUCGUCCGAACAACCCACCUUUCCCUUUCCCGGCUGCGAAAGACUAA